AUGGCUUUCCUCACUGUAGCUCUUCUAUCUGUCAUUGCUCACCUGGCCUUUGGUCAAGGUAUGGGUCAAAUGGGCUUUGGUAAUACUGGAUCAUCUUGGGGUCAAGCUGGAGCCACCUUCGGUCAAGCAGGGGGAGGUUUUGGUCAAGCAGGUGGAGCCUUUGGUCAAGCAGGAGCCGGAUUUGGUCAAGAAGGAGCAGGUGUGGGGCAAGCUGGGGCAGGAUUUGGUCAAGCAGGAGCAGGGUUAGGUCAGGCAGGGUUUGGGUUUGGUCAAGCUGGAGCCGGAGCAGGUUUAGGUCAGGGAGGAUUCGGGCUUGGUCUACCCAGACUUGGCUUUGGUCGACUUGGAGCAGGGUGGGGACAAAUGGGAGGACUUGGACAGAACAUCGUCAACCCUAUCUUGAACACAACCAUCACCUGUACUUUCACAGCUACAGGGAUCACAGGAUCCUUGACCCUGAGGAGGAGACAACCAAGCUGGGGAGGAUGGGGUUGGGGUCAAUCCCGUGGAGGUUUGACUGGAUCUGCUGUUCUGAGAACAUCCACUGUGUCAGGAACUUACAACCUCGUCAUCACUGAGAGAUCUCGUGUGGAGGCUGGAUGUACCUCUGAUGGACUCGGACCUGUCAUUGGAAGCAACGUGUGGGGCCAACGAUGGGGUCAAGGUCUUGGUCAAGGAUGGGGUCAUGGUCUUGGUCAACAGUGGGGUCAGCCAUGGGGACAGCAGUGGGGACAAGGUUCAUGGGGCACUGGAACGACCACCACUCCCGGAGUUGUCACCUCUGUCACCCUCAGCACCAACCAGGAGACUGUUGUUGACUUGGCUUCUGCCAACCUGCCAUUCAGGGAGCUCGAGAGAUACGGAGGACGCGGAAUGGCUCUAUGUUCAUCCUUGACCACUGGUACAGAUGGACGUCAAGUGUGUAUGGAACCUAUCCUGGCCUGCUGCAAGUUGGGAUUUGACAACACGGACGCUGUCACCCCGGCAGCCCCCUGA